CACAUGGUAUAGUUUGUCUAUAAAAUUAGAAGAGGUUUCUUGAAGAAAGUACAAGUGAAUUUGAGGAAGUGAGCACAAGCAAAAGAGAGAAGAAACUACACAAAACAAUAUUUUUCUUCAUUCUGUAUUUAUAUUAAUGCAUGUUAUUGCCUUUUAGAUUAAGCAAAAAAGACGGGGUUUUAACUUCCAAGUAAGCUGAGUUCAUAAAGUUGCAUACCUUUUCAAAAUUUUCUCUAUUUUUCUUUAGAGAAAGUGCUUAUGCAUAGCAGAAUUUACAAGGUUUAGUGAGUAUUAAUCUUUGUCCUUGACAUAUUCACCAAUGAGAACUACACCAUUCUCAUGGCUUUUCAUAAUUUCAAUUCUUCUUGGUGUCAAUGUAUUUUUGGUUUCUAGCCAGUGUCUUGGUCACCAGCAAACAUUGUUGGUGCAACUGAGAAAGAACCUCGAAUUUGACCAUGAAAUAUCUACAAAGCUUGUAAAAUGGAAUGUCCAAAGUCCUGAUUGCUGUUUUUGGGAAGGUGUAUCCUGCAAAGAGGGCCAUGUUGUGGAUCUUAACUUGAGCAAUGAAGGAAUCUCUGGUGAACUUGACAAUUCAAGCAGCCUUUUCAAUCUUCAACAUCUCAAGAACCUUGAUUUGUCUUGUAACUUUUUCAGUUCUAUGAUACCAUCUGGGAUUGGAAACCUCAAAAAGUUGAAGUAUCUGAAUUUAUCAAGUGCAGGCUUUCUAGGGCAAAUACCAAGUGAGAUGUCACACCUAACAAGAUUGAUUAAACUUGAUUUAUCCACGACUUACAACUAUGACCCAACCAUAGUUCUUGCAGCUAAUGAGCUGAAACUUGAAAAUCCCACUUUGAAAAUGCUGGUUCAGAAUCUUUCAAAGCUUGAAGAAUUAUAUUUUGAUGGUGUAAACAUGUCAACGAGUGGGAACGAGUGGUGCCAAGCCUUGUCAUCUUCACUGCCUAAUCUGAGAGUGUUGAGCUUGUCUGAUUGCUCUCUUUCUAGACCUUUUGAUCAGUCACUUGUGAAGCUUCAAUCCUUGUCAGUGAUUCGACUGGACAAUAAUGAUUUUCUUGAUCCUGUCCCUGGAUUCUUUGCAAAUUUCUCACGGUUGAGUGCUUUGAGUCUCCAUUCUUGUCAACUGUAUGGAACAUUUCCAAAUGAAAUUUUCAAGGUACCUACACUAAAGACUCUUGAUCUUACAGACAAUGUAUUACUUAGUGGUUCUUUGCCAGAAUUUCCUAGAAAUAAUUCCCUCCAAAUAUUGAUGCUUCCCUUCACAGAUUUUUCAAGGGAAUUACCAAUAUCUAUUGGUAACCUUUGGAACUUGUCCACAUUAGACCUUUCCUUUUGCAACUUUAGUGGAACAAUUCCAAGUUCCAUUGCAAAACUCACCCAACUUAGCUCUCUUCAAUUGUCUUUUAACAAUUUCACAGGUCUAAUACCCUCUUUCAACAAGUCCAAGAAACUCACUCAAAUAGAUCUCUCUCAUAAUGGCUUUACAGGCGAAAUUCCUCUAGCUCAUUUAAAUGGUCUUCUGAACUUAGUUGAGAUUGAUUUGGAGCAUAAUUUUCUCAAGGGUAGUAUUCCUUCAUCAUUGUUUGAACUUCCAUCAUUGAAAACAAUCUCACUAUCCAAAAACCAAUUUAGCAUUCUUGAGUUUCAAAUUGCAUCUUCCUCUGUUUUGACGACUCUAGAUUUGAGCAGCAACAAUCUAGAAGGGUCAUUCCCAAUGUCUAUCUUUAAACUCCGAAAUCUUAGCUCACUUGAUCUCUCUUAUAACAAGCUCAAUGGCACUGUACAACUUGACAUCUUUCAAGAAAUAGACCAACUUGCUGUUCUUGACCUUUCAUACAAUAAUUGGUCAGUGAAUGCAAGUGUGAGUGAAUUUACUCUCAUGUCUUCCUUUCCCCAGCUUGUAGAGUUAAGACUAGCAUUUUGCAACAUAGGGACAUUUCCUGAUCAUUUGAAGAAUCAAUUACAACUAAUUGCUUUGGAUCUUUCAAACAACCAAAUUCAUGGGGGGAUACCUAAUUGGAUCUGGGAAGUUGGGAACAGCACAAAUCUUGCCUUUUUGAACCUUUCACAUAAUCACCUAGUUGGUUUGGAGGAACCUUAUUCUCUUCCUAAUUCUCUCAGUCUCCUAGAUCUAAAGUCAAACUAUCUUGGAGGAAAGAUCCCUGUUGUACCGGCUUCAAUUGGUUAUGUAGAUUUCUCCAAUAAUAAUUUUACUUCUUCCAUUCCAAUUGACUUUUUUAAUGACCUUUCAUCUCUUGGAUUUUUCUCUUUAUCAAAUAACAGCCUUAGAGGGGUCAUUCCUGAAUCCAUUUGCAGUGCUAGUGGCCUUCAAGUUCUUGAUUUGUCUCACAACAAAUUAAGUGGUAAAAUACCAAGAUGUUUGUUUGAAAUAGGUGUUUCACUGGAGGUACUCAAUUUGCGACAGAACAACUUAAGAGGCUUGAUUCAAGAUGCCUUAGCUCCAGCAGAUUGUGAUUUAAAGACACUGGAUCUCAAUGGAAAUUUCAUCCAAGGAAAGAUACCAAAUUCCCUAGCCAAUUGUACUGGAUUAGAGGUUUUAGACCUCGGCCACAAUAACAUGAUUGGUGAAUUUCCUUGCUUGUUGAAGAGCUCAACAACUUUGCAAGUACUUAUUCUUCGAUCCAACAAAUUUUCUGGUACCAUUGGAUGUCCAAAUGCAAAUGGAACUUGGGAGAUGCUUCAAAUAUUGGAUCUAGCUGAAAACAAUUUCAGUGGAGGACUACCAGGACAAUGGUUAAAAACGAUGCAGGCAAUGAUGGUUCAUAAUGACAACGUCCAAGCCAAUGUCAAUAACACAAAUUCUAAUGUUCUCGGAUUCACUCAUUUGUAUUCUGUCACAUUGAAUGUAAACCAAAUGAGCAUUUCCUCAGUAUAUUAUCGGUAUAUAGUGACAGUCACCUCCAAAGGCCAAGAGAUGAAGCUGACAAAGAUACUAAAUAUCUUCAUUUCCAUUGACCUUUCAAGCAACAAUCUCCAAGGACCAAUACCAGCUGCAUUGGGACAGCUUCAAGCUCUUACUGUUCUCAACUUGUCCAACAAUGCUCACACUGGGAAAAUCCCAUCUUCUAUAGGUGACUUGAGGCAAUUGGAGUCAUUAGAUCUGUCGAGGAACAACCUGAUUGAGUCAAUUCCAACCUCACUAGAGCAACUCACCUUCCUUUCAUUCCUGAAUCUAUCAUUUAAUCAGCUGGUUGGAAGGAUACCAAAGGCUAAUCAAUUUCAAACAUUUUCAGCAGAUUCCUUUAUUGGUAAUAAAAGACUUUGUGGAUUCCCUUUGAUGACAAAAUGCUUGGAUGAAGUGGGAACUGAAACUUUGUUGCCUAAUACAGUGAAAGGCCAUAAGAGCAUUGAUUGGAAUCUAUUGAGUGUUGAACUUGGAUUCGCUGUUGGGUUUGGUAUUGUCUUUGGGCCGCUUUUGUUUUGCAAGAGAUGGAGGGCAUGGCACUAUAAAUGUGUUGAUGAUAUUUUUUCUAGGUUCUUUCCCUCAGCUGUGUCAAAUAAGUGGUUUCUAUGGACAAAGAGUUGAUAUAUUAAAAUAUGAUAAGUGAGCUACUUUGUAUUUAUGAUAAGUGAGUUACUUUGUAUUUCAGUCUGGAUAAUAAGAUAUCCGUUUCUCUA